AGUGGCGGUGGUCUGGUCCGGGUGAGGUCUUCACGCGCAUCCUUCCUCGACAAGUCCUCCCUGAACCCGCCAUGUUUCCGGAGGAGCAGCAAGCGAUAGAAGGCACUGAGGUGCAGGAGGUCAGCGACGAUGACGAGUUCUUCCUGGACGUCGACGUGCUGCAGAACCACGGCAUCAACGCCGCCGACAUCAAGAAGCUCAAGUGCGCUGGCGUGUGCACGCUCAAGGGCAUUCAGAUGGCCACCAAGAAGAAGCUGUGUGCCAUCAAGGGGCUGAGUGAGGCCAAAGUGGACAAGGUGAAGGAGGCGUGCUGCAAGCUGCUGAGCGACGGCUUCGUCACGGCUCUGGAGUUCAGCGACCGGCGCAAAUGCGUGUUCCGCAUCUCGACCGGCAGCCAGGAGCUGGACAAGCUGAUGGGCGGCGGCCUCGAGUCGAUGGCAAUCACCGAGGCGUUUGGCGAGUUCCGCACGGGCAAGACGCAGCUGUCGCACACGUUGUGCGUGACGGCACAGCUGCCCGGGGAGAACGGCUACACGGGCGGCAAAGUCAUCUUCAUCGACACGGAGAACACGUUCCGGCCGGACCGGCUGCGGCCCAUCGCCGACCGCUUCAACCUCGACCACAGCGCCAUGCUGGACAACGUGCUGUACGCGCGCGCCUACACCAGCGAGCACCAGUACGAGCUGAUGGACAUGGUGGCGGCCAAGCUGCACGAGGAGGCCGGCGUGUUUAAACUGCUGAUCGUGGACAGCAUCAUGGCGCUGUUCCGCGUCGACUUCAGCGGCCGUGGCGAACUGGCUGACCGCCAGCAGAAGCUGGCGCAGAUGCUGUCGCGCCUGCAGAAGAUCUCGGAGGAGUACAACGUUGCCGUGUUCCUUACCAACCAGAUGACGGCCGACCCGGGCGCGGCGCUGUCGUUCCAGGCUGAUCCCAAGAAGCCGGUGGGCGGCCACAUUCUGGCGCACGCCUCCACCACGCGGCUGUCGCUGCGCAAGGGACGCGGCGAGGUGCGCAUCGCCAAGAUCUACGACAGCCCCGACCUACCGGAGUCGGAAGCCACGUUCGCCAUCACCACGGGCGGCGUGGCCGACGCCAAGGAGUAGCGCGCGGCGACGGCCGCCGAGGCGUCCCCCGGCGUCGGUCGGUGCGACUCUCGUGCGGUGCGACGCUCAGACGGGUUUGCGCGAAGGGCCUCUGAAGCGUUGGGCGACGGUGGGAUGAGCGAUGCUGUAGAAAGGCAGGCACGUGAGCUUAACGGCAGCUCAUUCAUCUCAGUGUAUGCUAUCUGGGAGCAUACAAGUGCUUCAGAUGUGUGCCUUCGAUACUGACGGCGCCAGUUCGAGAGACUGUGUGCUGAUGAAAUGAUGGUGUGAUAAAGAGCCAUUGAUCAGUGAGUGCAACUGAGGGUUUUUCGCGUUUUGGGGAUUAUCGUGUAAUUUUACGCAGCGACUCAUCCACACAACGCCAGAGCUGUGCAAUUCAUUGUUAAUGGGAGUGAUGACUUGUUUUACUAUUCAUUGUCUUGUCAUGUUUAUUCCUACCACUUUGUUUCUGUCAGUCGUGCCGUGGACAUGUACCUUAUGCGAGACAUUUGCAUUCAUUCAGCCGCCUGUUCGUUGUAGUGUUUGAUCAUUCUUGUGAAAACCACGAUACAUAUGUGCGCCGCAUACUUUGUGAUGUUUGUCUUCACCGGCCUGCUUGGCUGGAUGUUUCUACAUUCGGGCAGAAUGCAGGCGAUUUAGGAGGCCUCCUGCAGCUCAGUGCCCGUGUUCGCCAAGUGCGGCGUUUUGCGCGACUUGUGUUUACCUCGGGUUUCACCAUGAUAGCGUUACUAAAAUCAGGUCAGCUUGUGUCCACUACCCAGAUGAAAAGGAAGGCUCUGUCUUACAACGCAUCGACUCGUGAAAACAAAACUGCUCCCACGGAUUGCCAGGCACGCAACGCGCCUUGGAUCGGACCGUAUUGCAAAUAAGCCACAGCGAGUACCUGUCUUUUUCCACCUGCCACGAGUGGUCGCCGCCUGUAGUCUCCUGACGUACAGCUGUAUGGGGUGUGUAGCCGUCACGGGCGUCACGAGCACGCACCAUUGCCACUUCACCAUCCUCGCCUGCGCUGAGCCCGCCGACUGCCGCCGAAGCUAGGCCCUCCGGUUCGCAUCAGGCGGCCCUUGAACGAUUCUGGGUAUGUUCUGAGACACAUGAGCACAACCAGGCGGGGGAGGGAGAAC